AUGGAGAUGCUGAAGAAAAUACAGGUCAACAUUACAUUUUGUGAAGCUCUUGAACAAAUGCCUAUUUAUGCUAAAUUCAUUAAAGAUAUCUUAUCAGGAAAGCGAGCUAGCAUCAAUCUAAUGCCGAUGUCCAUAAUGAGGAAGUUGAAAUAUGGUGAGCCAAAAUCGACUCAUGUGACGCUAACAUUAGCAGAUAGAUCGAUCACAUACCCUUAUGGGAUUUUUGAAGAUGUUCUUGUGAGAGUUUAUGACUUAGUAUUCCCAACAGACUUUUUGAUUCUAGACAUGAUCAAGGAUUCUAAAACACCACUAAUCCUCAUAAGGCCAUUCUUGGACACAAGUAAAACUAUCAUUGAUGUAGUAAUGAGGGAUUUAAUAUUGAGGUUCAACAAUGAAAAUGUGGUCUUCAACGUGUUUGAAGAACUAAAGCACCAUAAAGAAGAAUCCCAAUGCUACGAGAUUGAGAGGACAAAAGGAAGAUCUAAUAGAUGGUGUGUUGAAAUAAAAGAUCUAGGUGAUUCAGACACUCUUACUAUGAAAAGAGAAAGGUUGACAACUUUUUCAGGAAGUGAAACUGAAUUAGAGAAGCAUGUUAAUAGAAAAGAAGAACUUUUGAUGCAGGAUGGAAGAAGAAUUAAGUGA